UUCGGCGAUUGUUUUCUGACGGGUUGUUAUUAAAUAGAUCGUGUUUAUUUCCAAUCCACCUUUAAGUCACAACCUGCCAACACAAACAUUGACAACAUGGCAGACUGGCGAAACAAGCCUAGAAAUGGUGCCCCUCUCAGCUCUGAGGAAAUGUUGGACAGUGAAAACCAGCGCAGGGUGUCUGGUCUGGCUGACAAGGUCUCCUUACUAAGGGGGAUUGCGCUGGACAUUGAAGCCGAAUCCAAAGAUUCUAACCGAUACAUUGACUCUAUGGCCGGAGACUUCAGCAGCUCUGAAGGGUUGUUGACUGGUAGCAUGAACAGGUUGUCUCACAUGGUUGGCUCAGGGAAAAACAACCGCAAGCUGAUGUGCUACAUUGUGCUGGGGUUGGUCCUGCUCUUUGUCAUCACCUACUACUUCAUCUCCAGAGUGCGGGGCUAGACACAGUUUCAACCUUUUCUUUGUUUGGGGCCAAUAACGCAUGUGGUAUUUUCAACUUUAAACUCCGUGCUAUAUGUGACUGCUAUGGACAAGCUUACACACAAUCAAAUUUUUACUUCUUUAAUCAAAUUGUGGUUAUUUUUUUUAUCGAAGUUGAAAAAACUAAUUAGAUGUAAAUAAAACAAGCUGUAGUGUAUAAUUGAUCAGAACAAAUGAAAAAGUGUAGCUUGUACACUUAGGUUUUGAUACUCCACACACCUCUAGGAUCAUUUAAUAUCAUGAUUCUCUCCCCUUGUAAAUAGUUGGAUGUGAAUAGAAUCCAUCUUGUUUUAUAAUGUUUAUAUUUGAUUGCUAUUUAUUAUGGGCCAAAAAUGGUCUCUGCUGGCAAUUUGAUUUUUAAAAAUGUCAAAGUUGACAAUGGGGGGGAGGGUGUAUAUAGUCUAUAGAGUUAAAACUUGUAGAGUUGAUGGGCCAUGGUGCAGCAGAUAAUCUGCUCUAGUGAGGUGAGCCCAGCAUAUGAAGAGACUGGUGAUGCCCAGCUGCUUCAAGUCAGGCAACUCUGGUGGCAAGUGACAUCCACAAGAUGGGAACAGUUACUGAGUUAGCAGCCUUGUGCUGAGCUAUACAAUCUCUGAUGUGUAGUGUUGGGGGGGGGGGGGGUUGAUAUCUUUUAUGUGAGAUGUUUCAUGGCCUUGUGUCACCAUGAAUUAUUGAAUGUGUGAGAUGUUUCAUGGCCUUGUGUCACCAUGAAUUAUUGAAUGUGUGAGAUGUUUCAUGGCCUUGUGUCACCAUGAAUUAUUGAAUGUGUGAGAUGUUUCAUGGCCUUGUGUCACCAUGAAUUAUUGAAUGUGUGAGAUGUUUCAUGGCCUUGUGUCACCAUGAAUUAUUGAAUGUGUGAGAUGUUUCAUGGCCUUGUGUCACCAUGAAUUAUUGAAUGUGUGAGAUGUUUCAUGGCCUUGUGUCACCAUGAAUUAUUGAAUGUGUGAGAUGUUUCAUGGCCUUGUGUCACCAUGAAUUAUUGAAUGUGUGAGAUGUUUCAUGGCAUUGUGUCACCAUGAAUUAUUGAAUGUGUGAGAUGUUUCAUGGCCUUGUGUCACCAUGAAUUAUUGAAUGUGUGAGAUGUUUCAUGGCCUUGUGUCACCAUGAAUUAUUGAAUGUGUGAGAUGUUUCAUGGCAUUGUGUCACCAUGAAUUAUUGAAUGUUUAAAUUUUAUCACAAAUGAAAAAAAAAUGUUUGAAAAGUUGUAAAACUUGUUAUUUGCUUGAUUUCAUAUCAGUAAAAUUAUGUUUUUAUUUGAGA